AUGGAGAAGUAUGGAGAAAAACGAGGAGAGCUACAUGCAGCUUUUCCUGAUAUGGACAAUGUACCCCAUGAUGUCAUAUGGUGGGCACUGCGAAAGCAAAUGGCAACAGAAGUACAUAUCCAACGGAUAUUGAUCUAUCACGGAGCCACGAGUCAUGUGCAGAUUGCGGUAGGGUACCUAGGAAUCCACAUCUCUGUAAAAGAGGACUUCAAGAUGCGCUAUCGGCCAGGACAAACGCAGCCUGAAUGA